AUGUCUCUCCUCAGUCAUUGUGGAUUCCAAGACGGUGGCAUUCAUGAUAUCACAAAGGAUGAAGUAACCACUGGUACUACCAUCAUCGCUGCUAUUUAUGACGGUGGUGUUAUAAUCGGAGCUGACUCUCGCACUACAACUGGAGCAUAUAUUGCUAACCGAGUUACUGAUAAAUUAACAAAAGUAUGUGACAAUAUUUACUGUUGCCGGUCAGGUUCGGCGGCCGAUACACAAGCCAUCACUGACAUUGUUGCAUACUACAUGGAUUUAACAAGCAUUCAAAUGGGCGAGCCGCCACUUGUCAGAGCGGCUGCCAAUGUGUUUAAAAAUCUGAUUUAUGAGAACAGACAUCAACUGACUGCUGGGGUCAUUGUAGCUGGAUGGGACAGCAGAUUGGGUGGACAAGUAUAUUCGAUCAAUGUAAGUGGUACAAUUGUUCAACAAAACAUUUCUAUUGGUGGUUCUGGUAGUUCUUAUUUGUAUGGUUUUAUGGAUUCACAAUAUAAAGAUGGAAUGACCCAACAAGAAUGUGAAAAUCUUGUACUUAACGCAAUUUCAUUGGCAAUUAAGCGUGAUGGUUCAAGUGGAGGUGUUGUGCGUAUGGGAGUAAUAAACCAUACUGGUCAAAUUCAAAGAAAACUGACACUUGGAGAUCAACUCCCGAAAUUUUAUGAUAAUAUCUAUGAAGAAAAACCAGUUGUUGUAUCUGGAGGAGAUGCUACUAUGGUUUAA